AUGGACUGCGCACCCGUCAGCGCAAGUCCAUUCAGUAACCUGGACAUCUGGUGUAACUGGACUGGGAACCCCAACGAUGCAGUGGACGUCUCCAUCGCCCUUGAGGUCUGGUGUACCCCAGAUAUCCGCCUGCCAGUCUUCAGCAUCCACUCCCCAUACAUGGUGGGAGGAGCAACGUUCGGGAUACUCCAAAAGAACAACCCAAAAAGCCAUGACAAGCACACCGACACCGAUAGCACGCAGCCCUUCGAAGAACGCUCAGUGACACCGACCCGUCCAAGCAAGAAAGCAGCAACGAAGUAUGACGCCCUCUUCGAAGGAGAUAGCGACCCCUCCUCAGACGCAGAAAGCAUCAUCAUCAACCCCGAAUCACCAGAAGAACAACUCAUCCACCCCGUCGACAUCUCAGUCCUCUACACCCAAGCAAAUGUGAGCCUCUCGGAAAUUUCAACUCCGUCAAAGUCGCCAAACCCUCGCAAGCGCACCGCCAAGGCUGCUUCCCUUCCUGAUUCCAUUCCGGACUCCGAUAGAGGUGGUCAAUAUGAUGGUGACGGACUUACCGUUACUUCGGUCAAGCCGAUGCUGGCGCCGCUGGAGCCUUUAGCUAAGGUGCCCAGUAACAACAGCUACAAUAGUUGCGUCUCGCAUCGUUCUCUGCCUAUUCGCAUUAAUCGUCCGGCUAGUUUGGAUGAGACUGAUAUCCUGCCUGAGAAUGUUCCGUUGCCUUCUGAUUCGGUCCCGGUUUCUGCGGCGGAAUAUCGUCAAUGUGAGUCUAGUGGUAAGUUUUGCAAAAGGGUUUUGCUUGGAGGGGCGCCUGACGAUGAUGGGCCUGGGGAUGAUUUGCCUGAAGAUGCGCCUGAAGAAGAUGCAUAUGAGGAUGAGGACGAGGAAGCGAAGGGUCUCUUGGAUGUGUGGGCCUCUCUUGGGACUCAUGACAAGGGUUAUUCGAAGUGUACUCCACAGACUGAUGAGAAAGAGCAGCAAAAGCUAGAUGCCUUCUCUACCACUGUUUCACCCGGAAACUCUUCACGUUUCGGGGGCGGAAAGCAAGACAGCCUUUUUGCCUACGAAUCCGAUAGUUCAUCCAGCAUUCACGACGAUGGGGAUAUCUAUGGGGUCCCUUUGGCACGACUGUUCACUCCACGACAUUCACCCGCGCCUGACUCCAACGCAGGUGCCCAGCUCAUCAUAAUAGAGGAUACCCUUUACGUGCAAACCUCCCCCACAAUCUUGCCUGCUACAUACCAGUUGUCAAUCAGCGUUUCCAUCCAAGUGAAGCAAGGUUCAAAGGAUUGGUGGGAGCUGGCUCUGGCUGGACUUCCUCGACUGCGUCCCGAUGAGUAUGGAUAUCUGUACUUCCGAACACCCCCCGGCCAGGGAAUGGAGUUCCGCACCACGGUUUACAAGCGAAGCAAGGUCACUGACAACUACCUGAUCGCCCAGUUCGUGGUGUCUCCGAGGUUCGUCAUUCCCUUCCGGACUUGCGACGCCCGGUUCUACGGUUUUCUCAAGGACUUCAAAGUCAACCAGCUCAUCCAGUUUGAAGUAAAGGAGGACAAUAAUGAUCCAUUGUGCUAUGUCGUCAAAUACCGUGCCCUGUGCUCCAUUGAAUUGAUUCAACGCGACUUUUGGGCGGAGAAGUGCAGCUUCUAUCUCUAUGUGCAUGGUGGCCCAGACGGCGAAUACACAAGCAACCUCCUGUCAAAUCCAACUGGCUUCCAGACUAUCAAGUUAGAUGCACGCCCCAAUACCGGAUUCAACAAUUCCCAAGUCCUAAUAACAUGCUCUCGUUCAAACCUGAGCAUGUUUGUGCUAGCGUGGGAAGUCAGAUUGCCGUACCACGCAGCUGUCAGCUGGAUGCCACAGAUCAAGACUACCUCGGAAGUCAGCGAGGCAGAGAUGAAACUCCGACUCGAAUAUGCCCAGGCUGAGCCUGAGGGCGAUGAGGUUGUGGAGGCCAAGACUGUUGAUGUCCAGAAGGGUGUGCCUCAGCGCGAGUCUGUGGUUACAUUUGUGGAACCCAACAAGCCGCAUCGUGUUGUGCAGGGCUUGUGGACUCUAUGGGCUAUCGUCUCGUUUUUGUUCCAGCUGAUCAUCAUUCUGGCGUCUUUCACCAUUAUCUACUCGUGUUCCUGGCGAAACGGUGCUGGCUUCCUGUCCCAACUCAAUGGCGGUUACUCCCUAGUCUGUCCACACCUAGUGUCGGUCAAUGACAUGCCGGUUGUUACAGUGAAUUCCACUGAGGAAUGGCCAGUGACGGAAACUUUUCAGCUGGAAGACUUCGAACCAGAGCCAGUUGAGUCGGAGACGGUCCAGCCAGAGCCGGUUCAGUCAGAGGCUCAGCCAGCUAUCUUCACCCCGUUGUCCCUGCGUGACCGCGUCGACUGUCUCCUUGGAUGGAGAGGACCAAUUGAGAAGAACUGA